CUCCACAGACCGUUCUCUGGACUAUCCAGAGAGUUCCCAUGACGAGACUAUCUCCCACAUGAAUCCAAAGGUAGCAACCGUCUCUCAUAUGCCUGUCGUAGCAGUAACCCACAGAGCAGGGGAGCCCUAGUCAGGCCCUCAAGCAUCAUCAUCUUUGUGCUUGAUUAAUAACGAAACAUUGUCCAGCUACUCCCUGAGCAGCAGGCAGUAUCAGAGCUCUAUAACGAAGUGCCCGUUGAGUCGGUGAAGACAGACUCACUGUUGUUCUGCAUUGUCAGAGAUCAAAACGUAGAAACGAGCUGAGCUGUGAAUGAUCAGUAUGCUGUAAGGUUUAACAUCCUGACGAGCAGUUUCUUUCGAGUACGAGAUUACACAAAGUCUUCCCGGUGGUUGGAAAUUUUUGGAUGCAAUGACCAAACUAGUGCGAUCUCUCGACAGGCUCUACACUUCGGUCCCAGGUGUCUUCCGGCUUGGAGCUUCGGGUGCUUCAUUCCCUGCAGUGCCCUUCGGUGUAGUCCAACAAGUUGCAGCAGAUUGGAACUCUCUUUGUAAUCACUUGUCCUUUGACGUUUCCAUCUGCUCUUCAAUUUUCUCCGAAUAUUGCAAAUUUGUUGAUGUUUCAAAAUGUUUCGAAUCGGGUUAUCAAGAUGCUGGUGCUUAAAUGUGGAAGUCUAGAAUCCGACCUCCGGCCUCAGAAGUAGGUAAUGGAUUUUUUUUGAAGUUUAAUUUCAUGAAUUUGAUAUUUGAAAUAAUUCUUUUGUUUGAAAAAAUAAAUCUGAUACAUAUUCUC